GGGCGGCGAGCGGAGAGCCCGGGGAAGCUGCGCGCCAGGCAGGCAGGCAGGCAAGCAAGCAGGCGAGGCGGCCGUCUCCAUGCCCCGCUGCAGAGACUGGGCGAGUCGGCGCCGCUCCUGCCUCGGGGCCGCGGAGCCCCUCGCCCGCCCCUAACAUGCGGCCGGGGCGCCUGCUGGCGGCGCCACGCGUGAACCAUGCCAGGCUUGGCAGAAGAAGAGGGGGCGCAGCAGCCGGGGGCGGGGGAGCUCCCCACGCUCACCCCCGCGGGGGGACCCCCUCGGGAAGAGGUAAGGCCAGCCAGCCCCCGAAGCCCAGAGCCAGAGACAGGCGCGCUUUGCGCUGCGCCCUGGGCGCACCGAUUUGGAGACCCCGGGGGGCUUCUUCAAACUCCGGGAAAAGCGGGGUGGGGCAGGUGGUCGAGACUCCUGGAUCGGGGCCCGCUUCUCCGAGCUUCGGCCCACUAAUCGCCCACCCCCACCCCCGAUGGUGGGCGAGGCUGCGUGGGGGUGGGUGUUUUGGGUGGUGGUGGGGAAAGGGAGACAACGGUGGUUUUGCUGCAGGGAACACGUGCUGCUUUGUGUCUUAUUAAUAGCCAGACGGGGGUUAAAAAUAAACGGGGAUGGGGGGGAGCGGGUAGAGGGGACGGCGCAAGCAGGGCUUCAUUUGUCCCAUCAUCACCACAGGAGACCCCCCCCCAUUCCUCGCCCCCCCCCCACCCUCAGCAGCAUCGCCGGGAUUUUUUUUGCCGCGUUGUGAUUUGGAGUUGUGUAUUGUGCGCGUCCAGAAAGGGGUGACGGUGGCGGGAUUUCGCGGGGGAUUCCGAGCUCGGGGAUGGAGGGAGGGAGAGAAAUCGGUUAGGGCUAGAGGAAGCCUUUAUGGAUCUGCAAAGAAAGGGGUGUGUGUUUUGCUACCGGCGUUGGGAGAGGGGGUAGUGGCGGGUGGGGUGGGGGGAAACGUCCGCCCGCACGAAGUUCUGCAUUGCACCAGAAGCAGGCAACGUCCUUCUCUCCGCUUUGCUGCUCUCUCUCUCUCUCUUUUUUUUCCUGCUGGUGGCAGCGACUCCUGAUGGGGAUGAUGGAGGGAUUGUCUCUGAAGAAAGGGGAGUUGUCGGGGGUGGGAGACAAAGCGAGCAGGCAAGGGAACGAGGGAGGGGUGGUGGCUUGGUGGGUUUUUUUAAUGUGAGGGGCGUCCGAUGGCGGGGGGGGGGGAAUCCUGCCACCAAGCCUGGCAGGUGGAAGAGAAAUAACGAAAAAAGGGGGAGGAAAGGCUGUAUUUUUGGAGAUGAUUGCGCACCGUUGGGAGUUGAUGAUGGUGCAACCUUUCCACCAUUUCUCUCCUAAGCCUGCAGAAAAAGCUGGUGUUAGGUGUCUUGUGGCAAGAGGAGAGAGAUAAUUGGGAACAGUUUCUCCUUUAGCUGAUCGGAGAAAAUUCAGAUUUAUCUGGAGGACAAACCUGCCCCGCUUCCUUCCUCCAUUCCAAAGCUCCCCAGAUCAAUAUCCCCAUGCACGCACACGUAUUUAUUGUUUGUUUACUUACAGGAGGGGUUUAUACCCCGCCCUUUUGCGAAAAAAAGGGCUUUCUGACAGCGGCUUGCAAAAGUCAUUCAGAGGCGAUCCCUGCCCUCAAGCUUUUUAAUCUGAAGAGACAUGACACACAAGGAAAAAGGAAUGGGGAGGGAGGAGGAUAAAGCAAGCUUAAACACAAGUGCACAAGUAACAUGUUUUAAAACGCAGUUGAGAGCCCUAGCUGGUGCAAGUAGCAUUUCUGGGUUUCUUGGCCUUGAUAAACAGUGCCCGCCCGGUCGGAUCCAGGAGCGGAACUGAUGACAACAUCCAGGCCAGGAGGACAAGGUAGCUCCUGCAGUACAGCCUGAAACUUGGUGGCUGCGAGAAUCCACACAGAAGCGAGCUUAUCGGAGUCACCCACUGCCCUCAUCAACAACAGAGGCAAUAUUUAAAGUACAGGGAGCUGAAAUGGGAAGGAGCAUGUUUUUGGUGAGACUUCUAAUGGAUUUGCUCAUAGAACAUAAUAAGAGCCUGCUGGAUCAGGCCCAUAGCCCAUCUAGUCCAGUGUCCUGUUCCUCGCAAUGGUCAGCCAGAUGUCUCGAGUCUGCAAGCCGGACCUUAAUUGCAACAGCAUCUCUUCCUGCUUAUGAUUCUCAUCAUCUGGCAUUCAGAGGCCCCAUCUGCACUUCAGGCAAUAUCACACCGCUUUAAACAGUCCUGGCAUCCCCCAAAGAAUCCUGGGAAGUGAAGUUUGUUAAGGGUGCUGACAGUUGUUCGGACACCUCUAUUCCCCUCACAGAGCUGCAGUUCCCAGAGUUCCCUGGAAAGAAGGAUAUAUUGUGUAACCACGCUUGGAACUGCAAUUGUUAACAGACGCCCCUGUUCCUCACAGAACCAAAUUCCCAGAGUGAAUUAAUGGUCAGUUCAUCUGCCCAGGGUGCUAUGGGAAUUGUGGCUCUGUGAAGAGGAAUGGGGGAGUCUCUUAACAGUCUCUUAAAGGAUUGGCUGCUAAGUCACUCUGGGAAUUGUAGCUGUGCACAAGGAACAUGGGUCUCCAAACAGCGCUCAGCACCCUUAGCAAACUGCAGUUCCCAAGAUUAAGUCCGGACAAUUGAAAGUGACGGGAUAUUGCUAGCCUUCUAGCCUCCGACCCUUCACCUUACAUCUUUCAAGGUCCUUCAUGGUCCCACUUCCUGAGCUGCCUCUUUCCUGUCUGCCAAUUCCAGGGCCCUUCACCCCCCAUAUCAGCCUGAUCCUGCCAAGUGAUGGCACCAACUAUUUUCCCUGCCUGUGCUGAGAUGACAGUUCUGAGCCCCAGUAGAAUAUAAGGCAAAGCCCAUUCCGCUACAUUGGCCCAGUGGAUCCUCCUGUCUGGUAUGGGGUGGUCCGGUGGCCCUUUGGAUCUUGUUAGACUCUAACUCCCAUCAGCCCCAGCCAGCAUGGCCGAUGGUCAGGAAUGAUGGGAGUUGGAGUCCAGCAUCAUCUGAAGCAGGGUUUCCCAAACAUGGGUCUCCAGCUGUUGUUGGACUACAACUCCCAUCAUCCCUAGCUAGCAGGACCAAUGGUCAGGGAUGAUUUGGGAAACACUGCCCUUCCUCCUCUGAUCUAUAAUGACAGUGAAGGCUAGGCGUUAGUCCCGCUAAGUAGGAAGGGGGUCUUGAUGGCUUCUCUCCUCCAGGAGGCAGUGAUGGCCGCCAUCUUGGAUGGCCACUGUGAGAACAGGAUGCUGGUCUAGAUAGGCCACUGGACUGAUCCAGCAGGCUCUCUUUCUGCUGGUGUCUUGAUGGGCGAAGCCAAGGAUCGCUAACAUUUUGUGCCCAGUGGGCACAUUCUGAGUUUUGAGAGGGUGUGGCGUGUGUGUGGGUGGGUGGCAUAACACAAAAUGGCUGCCACAGGGAGCACAACAUUACACGAACUUGGAGAGACGGCCACCUCUGGCAACCUUACGUUCCCUGCGGGAUGUCAGCAGCGUCCUGCUGGCCCUGAUUGUGAAGAUCACACAAUAUUGAUUACACACACGCAGGCCCUGGCGCUGCUUCUGCCUAACAGCAACAGGGAGCAGUCUUCAGCGCCAGGAGAAAUAAUAUACAAGGCAGCUGCAAUGCAAUCUCACUUCACAUAUAUCGCUUAGAAGGUUACCUGCACAUUUUGCCACAUUUCGUGCUUUCCAGGAGAGCUAGAGAUUUUUAAAGAAAGAAUGAAAUGAAAUGGAAGCUCUGAGCCUUUGGUGGUGCUGGGCUGGCGACUCCUGGGCUAAGCCCCCCCCCCCCAGCUUUCAGGGGCACCUGUAUUUCAGUGCCGCAACAUCCUUGUAUCCUAGAUCCCAUGAGCUCUCAACUUGUUUUCUUCAGCAUCUGCGGGGUAGUGCGGCCCUUUUCAGAGCUAGCUGCCUGUCCAGUUUGUGGGCCUGAUUAUUGAUUCCCCCCCCCCCAGUCUGGUUUUAGUGUUUACAUUCCUGUUUAUACACUCGGCAGAACUGAGUGUGGGCUGAACCACAUCGGGCUUUUGCUUGCAGGUGGUGGGAGGAGUUUUGCAUGUUUAAAUGUAAUUCCACUAAAAAAAAGCACAUGUCACUGCAUAUAGAAAUCUAGCAAGCCAAAGAGAAACUUAAGCGGAACGCUUUUCCCUGACACUCUGGCUUUUUACAUGCGGGGAGUUUGCUGUGUACUUUUCUUUAAAACAAAAACCAGUAUAGAAAUUAUGGUGGUGAUAAUGAUAAAUCUCACUGGGAGAAAAGGUGCCUAGACAUUCUGUUGUGGAGACCAAACCAAGGUUUAAGGUGCCCUUUGGCGAUUAGCUUAUAGAUCUGACUUUCUAACACUGCUCUGAGGAAUGGGAUUCUGGACUCCAUAGGCUUUUUAGUUCAACCAAGCCGCAGUCCUCUUACGCUCUCAUCGCGUGUUUUCCUUCCUCUUCUCUACCUCCUCUCUGAGUGCAGGACUGCAAAUGGCCAAGCUCUUUCCUGAUGCCUCUCCCCCCCGCCCCGGGACCACCCUAAUAGCCAUUUGCUCUUGGCACAUUUCCCAGAAGCCUUUGCCAAAACCUUUGCAUCCUGGGAUGGGAAACCAGGGUGGGAGGAUGUGGGCAGCGCUGGUCCGAGGCAGAACGACUGUUGGCACAUAAACCCAGAGCAUUGCUUCCCACAACAAAGGGCGCAGUUCGCGAGGGAGACGGGCCGACCGUAAACCUCGUUGAAAAGUUUUAAGCCAGGUGAUCCACGUGCCAGGAGCAUGGUUCGAUCUGUGUCAGGAGGACAGUGACCACACACAAAAUGAAAACACACCCCUGCUCGCCUAACCUGGAACCAGUGUAGUUGCAGUGAAACCCAGGGGUGAGGGGUGGGGACAAGGACUGGACAGCAGUACAGUUUCUGUAGGCCAAAUGGAGCCACGAUGCUCAGGAGCAGUCUACCCCCAAUGCUAAAGGGUUUCCAAUGGAAGGAAGACAUGCUGGUUUCCUAGAAACACCAACCUAUUCACCACGAGAAGCAGGGUACUGGGUUAGGCACUUUGGGUGUCAUGUAGCAACAGCGUUCUUGUUAAUGUCCCUAAAAAGACUGCUCCCCUCCAGUGUUGGCUAAACAGCCUAAAUCCAAGUCAUGUGGUGUGUUCCUUGAUGUGUCUAGUAGUUCUGAGAACGGCAACAGCAAGAUGUGGCCAGGCCUGUCAUUCAUCAUAGCUGCCAGGAUGCAGGAAAGCAGGAGAAACUUGUUUCUCUUAAUGAUCAGAUGGUUGGAAUCCUGCCAGUAUGCUUUUCCCCAUAUACUUUCCAGGCUGGUCUAUUAGGGCAACUGGGGCACUGCCCCAUUAAAUUCUGCCUGCCUUCUUACUUCCAGCCAGUCUAGAGGGAUGACUUUGCCUGUCCUCCUCCUCCUUAGUCUCAGUGUUGCCCCUUGGAGAACCCAGCAGGGAGGAGGACAUAGCUGUCAACUUUUCCCUUUCCUUGUGAGGAAUCCUAUUUGGAAUAAGGGAAUUUCCCUUAAAAAAGGGAAACGUUGGCAGCUAUGAAGGAGGAGGACUACGACGAGACAUGGAAGAAGCUAGAAUUCAUUGGCUGUGCCUUUCACUGGCUCUCUGGCUCCCCCUACUGUUGGGCUCCCUGCCUUCCACCCUACCGAUCCCAGUGGGCACCAGCAGGAGGACUAGCGACUUGCGUUAUAUAUGCUGCUUUUAACAGAAGCUGGGCAUUCAGGGACUGAGUCUGGAAUAUCUAGCUGUCAGGGAGCCAGCCAGCAAUAAAUCACAUGAAGUAUGUGAAGUUAACUCUUUAUUAGCAGAAACAAGGCCUGCUCAGGGCAGCCGAGCCUAAUGAGCGCAGUAACUCUUCUUGGUUGGCCUUGCCCCUAUGAGGCAGUUGCAGAGGCUGAAGAUCUCUGCCUUCCCACAGCUGCCUAAAUCUCCUCUGCGUCGUUCCCAAGCCAUCUGAUACUCAGCCUACUUGCCUGUCUCUGUUCCUUUCUCUUCAUACGUCUUCUGGUCCUAGGAGUUGCCCCCAUGGAUCAGUUGCAGAGAGGUCCCUGCUUCCCCACAGCCAGCUGAGUCUUCUUCUCUCUCCAGGGUUUCCCCCCAAGCAAUCAGAAACUGCGCCUUUAUGCCUGUCUUUCCUCUUCCUGGGGCGGAAAGGGGUGUUGCAGCAGGAGUGGGAGACACCCGUGACUCUUUUUUUUUUUUUAAAUUAGUUUUCAAAAAUAUACAUUUAUACAACACUCUCUGUUUCUGUUUGUAACAAAAAAGAAAAUUAUAGCAACUGAAGCAAAGAUACUUCAUAUACCUCACAAUACACAUGAAACUACAAUUUAUGAAAAAGAACAAAAAGAAAAAAUGAAGAAGAAAAAGUAGUUGAGGUUUUAAAAAGACUUCCAAACAUUCUCAUUGUACGUUAUCUGUUAAAUACACUUUUGCCGCACAGCUACUUAUUUCUUCUGUUUUUUAUCGUAUUUCUAUGUAAAUUGUCAAUUACAUUUAUAUACUGCAAGGCUCAGUAUGAGGCUGCCAGGAGAAUACCCUUUAUACCCUUUCUCCAUGGUUCUUCAAAUAUUCUUUAAAUAUUCUCCAUUCCUUUUUGUUUUGUUUGGCCUCUAACUCUUCCCGUCACUUUUGCUCGCUGCAAGUAUUCUACUCUUCACAAGCCUCACCCAUCUCUGCUUCUUGGCCUCCCUCCUCUCCUGCUUCAGCUUCUGCCUCUGAUUCUGGACUUCUCUCUGCCAUAGUCUCUCCCCACUCACUAAACCCUGUUGCCUCUCCAUCGUCCUACACCUCUUCCCCGCAGUCUUCUCCCUCUGCCCCACCACCAUUCCCCAAGCUCUGAGCCUUCUCCCCUUGGUGGUUCCCCAGCUGCUGCUGCUGCUGGGUGUUAUUAUUAUUGUUAAUAAUAAUUGAAUUUAUAUACCGCCCUAUACCCAUGGGGUCUCAGGGUGGUUCACAGAAUAAAAUCAAUAUAUAAAACCACAAAAUCCCUAAUAUAAAUAAAAACAACAACAUGAUAGCCCCCCCCAAAAAAACACACAUUUUAAAAGGGCAUAGGAUGUUAAUCGGAUCAACCAAAGGUCUGAUUAAAAAGGAACAUUUUUGCCUGGUGCCUAAAGGUAUAAUGAAGGCAAACUUCCUGGGGAGAGCAUUCCACAGAUGGGGAGUCACUGCAGAGAAGGCCCCGUUCUCGUGUUGCCACCCUCUGGUCCUCUCAAGGAGGGGGCACGCGAAGGAGGGCCUCAGAAGGUGAUCUUGGGGUCCAGGUGGGUUCAUAUGGAAAGAGGCGGUCCUUGAGGUAUUGGGGUUCCUCCACCAUUUCUCUGCGGCCAGCCAGCCCACGACACUAACCUACCAUUUUGUUUCUCUCUCUCUCUCUCUCUCUCUCUCUCUCUGUCUGUCUGUCUUUCUCUGUCUCUGAGCAGCAGCGCCCCCUCAAGCAAUCUCUGAGCAGCUCCCUCUGCCGUGAGUCCCACUGGAAAUGCCUGGUGCUAACGCUGCUGAUGUACGGCUGCUUUGGCGUCAUGGCCUGGUGCCGCCUCUCGACGGUGACGCGCCUGAACUACGUCGACUCCUACCGCGACGCCUCCCUGGUCUACCACGACAGCCCUUGCUCCAACGGCUACAUCUACAUCCCCCUGGCCUUCCUGGGGAUGCUGUACGUGGUCUACCUAGUGGAGUGCUGGCACCGCUUUGCCAAGGGCCAGAUGCAGUACCGCGUGGACACGGCCAGCGUCUACGAGAAGGUGCAGCGCAUGCAGCAGGCCACGCCCUGCAUCUGGUGGAAGGCCAUCAGCUACCACUACAUCCGCCGCACGCGGCAGGUCACCCGCUACCGCAACGGUGACGCCUACACCACCACGCAGGUCUACCACGAGCGCGUCAACACCCACGUGGCUGAGACCGAGUUCGACUACGCCGGCCACGGCGUCAAGGACGUCUCCAAGGAGCUGCUGGGCCUCUCAGAUUACCCGGUCACCAAGCUGCGCUUCACCAAGUGCUUCAGCUUCGCCACGGGGGAAGCCGAGGCGGCCUACCUCACCCAGCGGGCCCGCUUCUUCGGCGAGAACGAAGGCCUCGACGACUACAUGGAGGCCCGCGAGGGCAUGCACCUCAAGAACGUGGACUUCAAGGAGCACAUGAUGGUCUUCCCCGACCCCGGGCGUCCCCCCUGGUACACCCGCCGGUGGGUCUUCUGGCUGGCCUCCUUCCUCCUCCUCUCCUGGCCCUUGCGGGUGCUGGCGGAGUACCGCACCGCCAACGUCCACUACCACGUGGAGAAACUCUUUGGGGCGGACGACGGGCCCAGCCCGCUGGACGCGGUGGGCGGCUACGUCCGGCGCAUCUCCCGCGUCAACACGGUGGACAUGACCGAGCUGGAGUGGCACAUCCGCUCCAACCAGCAGCUGGUGCCCAGCUACUCGGAGGCCGUACUGAUGGACUCCACCGUGGUGGCCGGGGCGGCCUACCUGCGCAGCUGCCAGCGCUGCCGCCGGACUGUCAGCAGCAACUCCUUGCCCUCGCGCGGCACCCGGGCCCUCUACGCCCGGCUGCCCUUCAGCUGCAGCCGCUUCUCGCUGAGCGGAGCCCGGCGCUGCGGGGGAAUCCUGCGCAGCCUGAGCGGCAGCCAUGUGGGCAGCAGCAUCGAGACGGAGCCCCUCGAGAGCCCCCCCUGCUACCAGGACGCGCUCUACUUCCCCGUGCUGAUCGUGCACGGCGGGGAGGGCUGCCACCGCAACGGGCAGAGGCCGGGCCCGGCGGGGAGGGCCUCGGGGACUCCGCUGUGACCCCAGAGAGAGAGGAGCCCCACCGGGUGGGAAGAUGAAAUGGAAUAGCAACCCAAAAGCCUCCGCCCUGGCUUGUUCCCUUAUUACCUGAGUGCCCCUGCAAAAAACAAAACAAUAAAUGGGCUGUAGGUUCAUUUGGUCCACCCAUUUCCAACCCCCUCUAAGUUAUCCGGGGGAUGGGGAAACAAAGGACCCUUUUUGUGUGUGAGUGUGUGUGUGUGCACGCGCACGUGUGUCCAAACGGAGCCAGUUGUGCAAAGGCUGGCUUGUUUUGCACAACCCUUUGCUUCAAAACAAAAUGCCCUUUCUUCUUCUUUUUCUUAGAAUGUGGUUGUUCAACAAGUUCUUUAAGAACGGAAGGAAGUGGGGGACGGGACACAGAGGAAGGGGUGUCUGGCUUUGAAGCAGGCCGUUUCUGGGGCUGAGGGAGAGAGGAAAGACCAAGAGCAACAUGGGGUAUGUGAACCCCUAUGUUUGGGCUGCUUUAGAAGCCUUGACGUCACUUCUCCCCUUAAGUUUUGUUUUUUUACUCUGCACCACUGAGCCCCUCCAUGACCACGAGGGCUAAGCAUCACACUCAGGGUGUCGGGAGGCCUGCAGUUCUUUCUGGCAUUGUAGUUACAGGAGACUGGCUGCUCCUGGCCUUUAGAUGCAUUAAAAGGGGGGGGGGUAGAGGAUUCCCUUCUGAAGCCUGAUUGGGAGUUGGGUGGCCCCAUUUUUCAUCGACUGAGGAUCUGUGCCUUUGUAACAGAGAGAGAUCAAAGGGCCAGGCGCCUCGACCCACCCCAGGUUUUUUUGCCUGCCGUUUAAAGCGACAACAACACACAUGCACACCUUUCUUUGUGGGUUCAGCCCCUUGGCUACCUACAUGUAGCCUCUGGGUUCAGGGACAGUGCAGGCAACUCCUCAUUUAUGCGCAAUCAAGGUACCGGAGCUUGGCCACAAACCCAGAAGUGGCAAAAACGUCCUUUAAAGAGUGUGAUAGUUGCAUAAAUAGUGCCCAGCAAUCUCAGGAGCCUUUGCAAAGUGAAAAGUUGGGAGUUUGAGUGAGGUGGUUUGGAGGGAGCAAUUGUGGUGGAGUUUGGUACAUUAUUAUUAUUAUUUUAAGGGUUUUUCAAGGGUUUCCAGAAGUUCAGAGGGUGUUUACAGGCUUUUCCAACGGCGUUCCCAAAACAUGCAAUUUCAGUUAAAGGCCUUGGGAUGUAACCACUGCGUAAAAAUGGGGAGUUGUCUGUAUGCCUUCGAACGCCAGGUGCUGGGGACAGGUAAAUGGGGAGAGAGAGCUCUUGCCUUCCUGCCUCGCUGGUCAGCUGUCAAAAACGGGAUACUAGACUAGACAGACUUUGAGUCUCAUCCAGGGAGACGGUACUUCGCUUCCAAAGUAAACUGUCGGGGCAGGCAAAUGCUCUCGCUUUUGGCUAUCCAUCCAUCAAAAGCUUUGUGCAGAAUCGACGGACCAAAUGUUUUUGCGGAAGGGGGGGGGGACACCUCCACCGCAAAAAAAAAAAAAAAAGUGUAACUGAACGGCUUCAGGAAUCCUGGGACCAGACAGGGCCGGUCCUCCCAUUAGGUAGAAUGAGGUGGCGGAUGUUGGGGGCGCUGGGGGCGGAGCCCUACUCAGCUGUUCCUCCUGAUUGGCUGUCCAGCAGUGACGCUUCCUUGGUUGUUUGUGUGACUGGCUGUGUUGCCUGUUCUCUGCGCAGCCUGCCGGGAAAACUUUGCCUGCUCAAUAAGGAAAAGCAGAAAAGCAGCCGGCCCGGGCUGCACACUCCAGGAAACGCUUUGUAAGCGCAUGUGCGCCUUGGCUCCUGGUGGUGCUGCUCUUUGCAAUGUCUGAGCUGGCAGGACAGUGAGUGAGUGGUGGGAGGAGGACGGAGCUUGAGUGUGGGCCAUAGAGCUGGCCUCCUAAACUAGCCUGCGGCCCUCAGGUGCCUCUGUAGCAGGGAAGCUAUCGCCUACUGAGUUGGCUUGCAUACGUGGAAAGCAAGAUUCCUAGGGACAUAGCCACCAUUCGGUAGUUCAGGGCUGCUGAGGAUGCUGGAAGGUGGAAAAGGAUGUUGGACUUAGGCCAUAAACCAAGACAGGACUUGGCUGACAUGUCCGGGCUUGCAAUGGAGGGCCCAGGCGCACAUUUUCCAUACAGUCAUUCACGCCUGUCUCCUGUGGUCGUGGGCCCUCUCUGCACCCUGUCUUGUGGCCAGCUAUGCUCUACUCAAGAGCAGACGCACUGGUUUUUCAAUCCUAAAUUAGUCACACCCAGUCGUUUUAACGGAUCUGCCUUGAACGUUGGGAACACCAUCACACAGUUAAAACGGCCCUUGAACUUCUGCCAAAGAAUCUCAGGAACUGUAGUUUGUCAAGGGGGCUGAGAGUUGUUAGGAAACCCCCUUGGUGCUACAGUUCCCUGCACCCUUAGUAAACUACAGUUCCCAGAAUUCUUUGCGGGCAAGGAGACAUGGCUUAAGGUGGCAGAAGGGUGUUUUUGCAUAUCUGGUGUGGUUGCGACCUUGGGACAGCCACAGGUUUAGGCUGGCUUAACAAUUCGUUCUCCCUUUUCUGAGCAAAUGACGGGAGCACCAUUUUUAUUUUAAUAAGGCUUGGGCUAAUUCUGAGCACUCCUGGAAUGCCACGAUCCUCCGGGGAGGGGGGGAGGAUAACAAGCUUGUAGUGUAGAUACACCCGGGAAUAGCUCAGUAGGUUGAGCAUGAGACUCUUAAUCUUAGGUUCAUGGGUGCGAGCCCCAGUUGGGAAAAAGAUCCCUGCCCUAUGGGGGAGGGUUGGAUUAGGUGACCCUUGUGGUCCCUUCAGACUCUACGAUUCUAUAAAAAAGUUUAUAAAGAAACACAUUUGCUUUCUUCCUGCCUCUUCCAGUAUUCUGGAUCCCAACCAUGUUCCUUAGAUAGGACUUUUUUGGACUGUAGUGGUUCUGCCUCUCCCAAAAUCUUAAGUAGGCAGGGCUUCUUCCUCCAGCCUUCAAAUGGCCUCCUGCCAGGGACUUUUCAGUUGUGGCCCCUGCAUUGCUGCAGGUUAUGUCAAGGGGCGGGACUUCACACACACACCUUUUUCCAAGCUUCCUGAUGCUCCUUAGACUCUACCAUGCGCAGGCUACAAUGCUCUCCUCUCAGCUCGUGAGGAAAGCAUGUGUGUGUGCGAAGGGACUGGCGUGUGUGAGUGUGCGGGGGGAAGAUGUUGUCAUUCCCGACCCCACCAUCCCAUUAUUAUGACGGGGGGGGGGUGUCUCCACAUGUGACAGGCCCAAGGAGUCCCAGGUGGGGGCCUCCAUCGCCAUGCUGUUGUAACUUCAGUGUGAGUUUGCAUCGAGACCACUGGUUUCUUCCUGUUUUCCUGGGGGACGGGGUGGGGGGGUGGCGAGGUAUAGAAGCCCCCCCCCAUUCUCCCUCCCUCCUGCUCUCUCUCCUCCCGUAUCCAUGCAACACAGGCGCAAUUCAAGAGAAGAGACUCUUUUUAUUGUGCAACAUGAAUGUGGACGUGGAACUGUUAACCUAAAUCGGAGGGGGUGGGGGUGGGGCGACGUUGGGACUUGUUGAUGUUGGAGUGAAAUAAAAAUUACUUCGAGUCCCUCGCUCAUAGGACAAUAAAGAUCUUUCGAGGU